GUGACGAGCGUCCAGUUUGCCUUGAUAAACACGGAAGUGGGACACAAAUCUUUGCCGCAAUGCCUCACAAAGUGUUAUGACACAGUCAUUACCGAUUAUUUUUAAAACGUGCACAAUCUUAGUUUACGCGAUUUCUGCUGUUAUUUUGAAUUAACCGUAAUUAUUUAUAGUUCUGCUGUAGAGUAGAUUAGCACAAUGAAGAACUGUAUUGCUGCUGUGAUAACACUAUGCAUUGUAAUGCAGGUGAAUGACGCUUUGGAUUUCGAGAAAACGCGCACGGCAUAUUCUGCAAAGAUCUUUGGGUUCUCAUGGGAGAACUGCGGUAAGCCAGACGACCCAGCGGUUCUGAAGACCCUAACCCUGUCCCCGGACCCCAUCACAGUUCCAGGGGACCUGACGGCCAGUGCAUCCGGGAACACAACGGUCGAGCUGGCCGCUCCCCUCGCUGUGAAUGUGACCCUGGAGAAGGAGGUGGCAGGGUUCUGGGUCACGGUCCCAUGUCUGGAAGAGAUAGGGAGCUGCCAUUACACAGACGGCUGUGACCUGCUCAACCAGCUGAUACCGCCAGGACAGGACUGUCCUGAACCUCUUCACACCUACGGCAUCCCCUGCCACUGUCCCUUUAAAGCUGGGAUGUACACACUACCAGAGUCAGACUUCUACCUCCCUGACAUUGACCUGCCCUACUGGCUGACCAACGGAUGCUACAGAGUACAAGGAGUGCUGGGAGCUAUGGGGAAAGAACUGGGCUGCCUCAAAAUCACCUUAUCUGUCCACUCUAAUAACUAAAUAAUGGAUGAAUUACCUUCUCUUUCCACUCUAAUUAAAUGAUGGAUACAUUACCUUCUCUGUCCACUCUAAUUAAAUGAUGGAUACAUUACCUUCUCUGUCCACUCUAAUUAAAUGAUGGAUACAUGACCUUCUCUGCCCACUCUAAUUAAAUGAUGGAUACAUUACCUUCUCUGCCCACUCUAAUUAAAUGAUGGAUACAUUACCUUCUCUGCCCACUCUAAUUAAAUGAUGGAUACAUUACCUUCUCUGUCCACUCUAAUUAAAUGAUGGAUACAUGACCUUCUCUUUCCACUCUAAUUAAAUGAUGGAUACAUUACCUUCUCUGCCCACUCUAAUUAAAUGAUGGAUACAUUACCUUCUCUGUCCACUCUAAUUAAAUGAUGGAUAAAUGACCUUCUCUGCCCACUCUAAUUAAAUGAUGGAUACAUUACCUUCUCUUUCCACUCUAAUUAAAUGAUGGAUACAUUACCUUCUCUGUCCACUCUAAUUAAAUGAUGGAUACAUUACCUUCUCUGCCCACUCUAAUUAAAUGAUGGAUAAAUGACCUUCUCUGCCCACUCUAAUUAAAUGAUGGAUACAUUACCUUCUCUGCCCACUCUAGUUAAAUGAUGGAUAAAUGACCUUCUCUGCCCACUCUAAUUAAAUGAUGGAUACAUUACCUUCUCUGCCCACUCUAGUUAAAUGAUGGAUAAUUGACCUUCUCUGCCCACUCUAAUUAAAUGAUGGAUACAUUACCUUCUCUGCCCACUCUAGUUAAAUGAUGGAUAAAUGACCUUCUCUGCCCACUCUAAUUAAAUGAUGGAUACAUUACCUUCUCUGCCCACUCUAGUUAAAUGAUGGAUAAAUGACCUUCUCUGCCCACUCUAAUUAAAUGAUGGAUACAUUACCUUCUCUGCCCACUCUAGUUAAAUGAUGGAUAAAUGACCUUCUCUGCCCACUCUAAUUAAAUGAUGGAUACAUUACCUUCUCUGCCCACUCUAGUUAAAUGAUGGAUAAAUGACCUUCUCUGCCCACUCUAAUUAAAUGAUGGACACAUUACCUUCUCUGCCCACUCUAGUUAAAUGAUGGAUAAAUGACCUUCUCUGCCCACUCUAAUUAAAUGAUGGAUACAUUACCUUCUCUGCCCACUCUAGUUAAAUGAUGGAUAAAUGACCUUCUCUGCCCACUCCAAUUAAAUGAUGGAUACAUUACCUUCUCUGCCCACUCUAGUUAAAUGAUGGAUAAAUGACCUUCUCUGCCCACUCUAAUUAAAUGAUGGAUACAUUACCUUCUCUGCCCACUCUAGUUAAAUGAUGGAUAAAUGACCUUCUCUGCCCACUCUAAUUAAAUGAUGGAUACAUUACCUUCUCUGCCCACUCUAGUUAAAUGAUGGAUAAAUGACCUUCUCUGCCCACUCUAAUUAAAUUAUGGAUACAUUACCUUCUCUGCCCACUCUAGUUAAAUGAUGGAUAAAUGACCUUCUCUGCCCACUCUAAUUAAAUGAUGGAUACAUUACCUUCUCUGCCCACUCUAGUUAAAUGAUGGAUAAAUGACCUUCUCUGCCCACUCUAAUUAAAUGAUGGACACAUUACCUUCUCUGCCCACUCUAGUUAAAUGAUGGAUAAAUGACCUUCUCUGCCCACUCUAGUUAAAUGGUGGACACAUUACCUUCUCUGCCCACUCUAGUUAAAUGGUGGACACAUUGCCUUCUCUGCCCACUCUAGUUAAAUGGUGGACACAUUACCUUCUCUGCCCACUCUAGUUAAAUGGUGGACACAGGGAACAUUAUGUACCAUUCAAUGAGCUGGUGUACUGACAUGUUGUCUUCUUUAUUCUGAAGGGAACGUCUGCGCUCAUCUCUUCUCAUCUUAUCAAAGUGCCAAUUGAGAACUGGGCCUGUAUACACAAAGCCUCUCAGAGUAGGAGUGCUGCUCUAGGAUCAGUUUUAUCUUUACAAUCGUAAUGAAUAAGAGAGGGGGACCUGAUCCUAGAUCAGUACUCUAAAACGCUUUGUGGAUACUGGCCCUGUACCAAACAAGCAGUACCUGAGCUGCUACUGUAGUGGUACUGUAGUUUAAGGAUACGAUUCAGACUCACUUUCAGGUAAAACAGUUAAGUUGAGUGAUUUUGCAUGGCUUGCUACUGUACUGCUAUGAACUUGUCAGAACCAUUAUGAUUAUUUUUCUUAAUGUUUUACACUGUCUUUUUUAUGCAGAAUUAUUUUUAUUAGAUUUCUUCUCAAGGUUGAAUGGCCGAGGGUAUGCUUCUAUUGGUCAUCGGCUUUUACCCUGGGUAAGGUACUGGUCACAUAACUAGUAGUUUUAGGAGUUUUAAUUGUGACAGUCGUUUCUAGCUGAUGCUUACUGUGUCAUAAUUUUUGGUUCUAUGGGUCGUAAUGCUACUUCCUGUUGCUAGUGGUGACACUUCUGAUUUUACGACCCCUGGGAAUAUGUUGUUCUUCCUGUUGCUAGUGGUGACACUUCUGAUUUUACGACCCCUGGGAAUAUGUUGUUCUUCCUGUUGCUAGUGGUGACACUUCUGAUUUUACGACUCCUGGGAAUAUGUUGUUCUUCCUGUUGCUAGUGGUGACACUUCUGAUUUUACGACCCCUGGGAAUAUGUUGUUCUUCCUGUUGAGGGUGUAUUGAUCUGUUUUUUUCUGAAGGUGUUUUGUUGUUGACAUGUUCAAAGUGCCUAAAUAGACCUGCUGGAAAGGAGAUCUGCGAAUCAGGUGGGACUGUGUGAUGUUUCAAAGGGAAAUGGGAUGAAAGCAGCCAAUCAAUUCCCUCCCUCAUAUAAUACCGUACCAAUAGGCUAAUCCUGUUCUAUAACCAAUUAAAGUGUUGUAAGGAAUGUAAGUGCACUUCCUAUCUUAAAUAAUAAUUCUAAUGAAAUGGUUAUCAAGUAAAGAAGUCUUAAGGAAUCAACAUGAAAAAUUGCACCUUGAUUAUUUAGAAAUGACAUGCUUACUACUGUAACAAAUCAGCAUUAUGUUGGUCAAUAUUUCACUGUAAAAACAUUUUUUAAAAAUCUUCAAUAAAAUAAUAUCAUAUAUGUUGGUAA